AUGAUGGCCUGUCAUUUAUCAGAGUCGCUGUUCGAGAACAAUUUGUCCUGCAACAACAUUAGUGAUAUUACGAAACCAAAUGUUGCAAAUCCAAAAGGCACAAUUUUUUUAAUAAAGUGUGUCAAUAAAGAGAUGCAACUGAAUCAAGUUCUUUGUUCAAAUGGUAGUUGGAUGCCACGGUUAAAUGAGAGAGAUUGCAAGAAGCAGGUCACAACAAGUUUAGAUCGUAAAAGGCGAAACAUUUUUCAUGCUAUAUUUCGAUUCUUUGUCUGUUUAUUUGGAGGAUGCCGCCGAGAUAAUACUCCGCCAACACUUGACUGUCCACCACUACUAACAUUGACGGCGGACAAAGGACAAGUUUAUACGAAAGCAACAUGGACAGAACCGACAGCUAGAGAUAAUCGUGGAAACAGUAUCAGGGUAAAUAGAAGAUCAGGACCCGAACCAGGACGUCAUCUUUCCGGAACAUCAGUUGUUGAAUAUUACGCGACAGAUUCGUAUGGAAAUUCGGGUUAUUGUAAAAUUUCAAUUGAUGUGAAAGUUAAAAAAUGUCAAUGGCCUAAGAGCAUUAACAACGGCUACUACAUAUGCCAUCCUAGUAACGAAAUGAUUUAUGGAACGACAUGCCGCUAUGGAUGUUACAGCGGAUAUGAAAUUGCUGGAAGUGUUCACGAACUAGAAUGCAGAAUAGACGAAUCUUGGUCUGAUGACUCUCCUUACUGUAAAAAGGUCACUUGUCCGGCCUUACCGUCAACUGAAGGCAAGUUAUACAGGACUUGUACAGACAGUAACAGGUUUGGGAGUAUUUGUUCCUAUACAUGUUCAGCGGGUUACGAUAUUCCCUCAUAUAUGAACCGGAUUAGAAUCUGUGGGGCAGACAGACAUUGGCGAGGAGAGGAACCUGUGUGCAAAG